GGCGGCGGCGACCGGGGAGGAGACGGGAGCUAUGGCGGCGGCGGGCGGCGGCGGCGGAGGAGGAGGAGAAGGAGAAGGAGGCGGCCGGGAUCCGAAGGGGCCGCGGGGAGCGGCGGGGGGGGAGCUCCUCAACCGCUUCGUGCAGCUCCCGGGCAGGCCGCAGCCGGCGGGUCACAGAUCUCCCCCGGCGAGGAGCGGCCAUCGGUGCGUGGCGGACAACGCCAACCUGUACGUGUUCGGAGGCUACAAUCCUGAUUACGACGAGUCCGGUGGGCCGGAGAACGAAGACUACCCGCUCUUCAGGGAGCUCUGGCGGUACAACUUUGCCACGGACACCUGGCAUCAGAUGGGCACGGAAGGCUACAUGCCCAGGGAGCUAGCCUCCAUGUCACUCGUAUUGCACGGCAACAACCUGCUCGUGUUCGGGGGCACCGGGAUCCCCUUUGGGGAGAGCAACGGCAACGAUGUCCACGUCUGCAACGUCAAAUACAAGAGAUGGGCCCUGCUCAGCUGCCGAGGGAAGAAACCCAAUCGAAUCUACGGCCAGGCCAUGGCCAUCAUCAAUGGUUCCUUGUACGUGUUUGGUGGGACGACCGGUUACAUCUACAGUACCGACCUGCAUAAGCUAGACCUCAACACUAGGGAGUGGAUCCAGCUGAAACCAAACAACAUGUCCUGUGACAUGCCAGAGGAGAGGUACAGACAUGAAAUCGCACAUGACGGUCAACGGAUUUAUAUCCUGGGAGGUGGAACUUCCUGGACAGCUUAUUCCUUAGAUAAGAUCCACGCGUACAACCUUGAGACCAACACCUGGGAGGAAAUUGCCACGAAACCGCAUGAAAAAGUUGGCUUCCCAGCAGCCCGAAGAUGCCAUAGCUGCGUUCAGAUAAAAAAUGAUGUGUUCGUUUGCGGCGGCUAUAACGGAGAAGUGAUUCUGGGAGACGUCUGGAAGCUGAACCUGCAGACUUUCCAGUGGGUCAAGCUGCCAGCCGCCAUGCCUGAACCCGUAUAUUUCCACUGUGCUGCUGUCACCCCAGCUGGCUGUAUGUACGUUCACGGCGGGGUGGUCAACAUCCACGAAAACAAACGGACUGGCUCGCUCUUCAAAAUGUGGCUGGUGGUGCCCAGCCUGCUGGAACUGUCGUGGGAGAAGCUCCUCGGCUACUUCCCUCGCCUAGCCACGCUCUCCAGAGCUCAGCUUUUGCACCUUGGACUGACGCAGGGACUCGUUGAGCGGCUAAAAUGAGGCCAUCUCGGGCUUCUGCCCCAGGCACACCACGUCCAAAAGGCCCCUUCCCCUCCCCUAUUUAUGGAUACUGCGGAUGGUCUCGCUAAGACCACGGCGGAACCUGCUCAGCGCCUUACUCAGCAAAUACAUCGAUGCCUUUCUGGA